AUGGCAAACCUUGCAGUCCCCAAAGGCUCGACAGUUCUUGUAACUGGAGCCAAUGGUCUCUUGGGCUCCCACGUUGCGAAACAGUUCCUCGAAUACGGGUACAAGGUUCGCGGCACAGUCCGUAAUCCGGAAAAGGUAGCAUGGCUUCCGGCAGCAUUUGAAAAGCGAUAUGGCCAAGGCAACUUCGAGCUUGUCCAAGUCCCGGAUAUGGCGGCGGAAGGCGCCUUCGAUGAAGCUACGAAAGGCGUUGCCGUAGUCGUGCACACAGCUUCCAUCUUGACGCUCGACCCAAACCCCAACAACGUCAUUCCUGCCGCCAUCAAGGGCGCCCUGAGUGCAUUGAAAUCGGCUUACGCGCAGCCGAGUGUGAAGCGUUUUGUGUUCACUUCAUCGUCAGCUGCUGCUGGUCCCAAAGACGACUCGCCAGAUUCGGCAAUUACCGAAGACAGCUGGAACGAGAAAGCAGUCAACAUCGCGUGGGCCGAUCCCCCGUACGGCCCGGAGAGAGCUGGCGCCGUCUAUGCGGCGAGCAAGACGCAGGCCGAGCAGGAAGUGUGGAAGUACCACAAGGAGCACCGCAGCGAACGCCCUGACCUCGUUGUCAACACUGUGCUCCCCAAUUUCAACUUUGGCGGCUCCAUAGAUCCAGUCAACCAAGGAUUUCCCAGCAGCUCUGGCCUUCCGGUCAUACUCUAUAACGGGAAGAUUGCAGCUGUUCACCGCGUCAUAUCUGAGCGCAAAUUGCACGUUGCUGGAGCCGUUCUCGAGCAUGUGAAAGAUCAACGCAUCUUCGGUCUCGCCCACACUUUUAGCUGGGACUUGAUCCUGGAAAUCUUCCGCAAGAACGAGCCUGGGAAGAAGUUCCUGGAGAACUUCUCUAACGAGCCGAGCCAGCAUCCCGUCGAGGCGCGCGACAAAGCCGAGCAGUACUUGCGAGAGCUGGGACGCCCGGGCUGGACACCCUUGGAAGAGUCUAUUUUGGAAACUGUGAAGGGUAUUCAGGAAGCGGGCGAUAAGAUUCAGUUCGAGUCGUACUCCCAACUGGGUCCCCGGAAAGAUGCAGCUGCGGGAGAUAAGUCGAGCUAG